UUGUCUCACCGUCUCUUUUUCCCUCCCCCCCUCCCCCCUGUUGUACCCUGCUGCUGCGAUCGAGCAAAUCGUGCAUUGAUAGCAAUCCUGCUACUGCAUCGCGUGUGUGAGUGUGUGCUAUGGCCACCGCUUCGACCGCUCGGCUCUCUGCUAAAAAGUACACGACGCCGCCGUCUCAUCUGCCUGCUGGUCGUCCUCAUCAUCACCAUCACCAUCUUCGUCCCGUCUCGGGCCAUAAGCGCACUCACUCCUCGGCCGCCGCAGCAAAGGGGUCGUCGUCGUCGUCGUCGCUGGUGAAGUCGGGACAGGGCCAGCAGCAGCGCCAGGCCAAGGACGACGGCGAGGAGGACACGAUGGCGACGAGCUUCCUGCAGUUCUGGUAUGUUGUUGUUGUUGUUGUGUUGAUGUUGUUGUCGUCAUGACGCAUUCACCCUGCUGACUCCUUCAAAACAGUGCAAGCUGCGAGAAGCAGAUCAUCACGCCCUGCAACAACAUCCUCUACUGCUCCGAGAGAUGCCGCCGAAGCGACCAAAAGUCGUCGUACAUCUC